AUGAUGAUGAUGAUUAUAAUAAUAAUUUUAGGUUUCAAAUAAAGCCUUGUUUAUUAUCAAUCAACAAACCUGCUGUGAUGACCACUAUUAAUUGUGGUGAUUAUUGUUGUUGGCAAUGGCCAUCAACAAUCAAUCAACAACAACAACAACAACUACAACCACUAAUACAAUUCAAAGAUCAACAAAUCAAUGUCCAUCAUUGUUAUUGGACUAAUGGAUCAUCAUCAUCAUCGAUAAUUUAUCAUUGCAAUACAAUUGCCAAUAAUAGUAGUAUAUGUGUUUAUUUUAAUUUUUUAGUACAAUCACCACCAACAAUGUAUUCAUCAAAAAUGUUUCAACAAAAUAGUACCAUCAUCAACAAUUAUUAUCAAUACACAGAACAAAUAAAAAACAAAUGGCAAACAUUUACCUUAAUCAAUUCAGUUCAAUCUUUAAAUAAACAACAACAACAACAACAACAACAGAAUAAUUGUACAAUCAACAGUAGUCAUCAACAACAACAACAACAACCAUCAAGGUCGGUAGACCAAAAAAUUAGUUCAAAUCCUUCAUCAUCAUCAUCGUCGUGUUCUUCAUAUUUCAAUUCAACACCAAUAUUGACUACAAUUCCAUUAUUAUCAUCAAUGUUCAUCUUUAGUACAAAAUCGUCAAUAGUCAAAUCAUCAUUUUACUAUCUAUUAUUUCUAGUCUUGUGUUUUUCAUUAUUUACAACAACGUCAACAACGAACGCAAAAAUAAUCACUGAUCCUGAUGAUUUGACGAUAUUGACUAAAAAAUCUCAAUAUAUAACUCAAAUAGAUCUCAUACAUGAACUAAAACUUCAACAACAGCAGCAGCGACAUUCAAAUCAACGUUCCUAUUAUGGCCUGUUAUUGGAUCAACAGAGAAAUGUCCUACAUUUGUCAUCGACAGACAACGAUAAUGAUAAUGAUAAUGGUGGUGACCACAGCAACAACAUUGAUUCAUUUUCGAAUCGACAGAUUCGUUUUAGUGAUGAUAUUAGCCGUAGGGCAAUACAAGUUAUAAAAAACAAUAAUGAUGUGACAUUUUUGAUUACAAUCAAACAACAUCGUCAUAAUACUGGUGUUAUAUUUGCAUUUACAAAUGGAAUUCAUAGAAUUCUUGAAAUACAAAGCAGUGGCCGACGUAAAGAACUACGUUUCCAUUAUCGUGUCAACGAUGCAAUCUAUUCUGAAUCAUUUGAUGUUGAUAUUGUCGAUGAUAAAUGGCAUAAAAUUGCUAUAACAAUUAGUUAUUCACAAUUAGAUCUAUAUAUUGACUGUGUUCAUCGAUAUCGUCGUACAAUACAGCCAUUAGAUAGAUCGUCAUUCGUCCAUAACGAUAAUGAUAAUAUUACAUUAUGGCUAGGACAACGUGGUCCAAAUCAUUUCAUUUAUAAGGGCUAUAUUGGCGAUAUAAGAAUCAUUUCAUCGGUCAAUGGUUUCCGUACGCAAUGUCCAUCCGAUCUUGGUGCAGCUUGUCCAACAUGUGGCCAAUUCAAAGAAUUAAAAGAUUCAAUCGACCAUUUAGAGAAUACUGUUAAAUAUUUGACUGAAAAGCUACUAAUGAUGGAACAACGAUUAUCAAAUCAACAACAACAACAACAACAAUGUACAUGUACAUGUUAUAUGAACGGUACAAAAUAUCUGAAUGGUCAGGAAUGGAAUUCCAAUGAUAAUUGUCAUCAUUGUCGAUGUUUAGAUGGUUCGGUAACUUGUUAUCAGAUAAAAGAUUGCCAACAUGACAAUCAUAAGCCACAAUCAUUUCAAAUUUCUGAUUUACCAUUGCCAUCGUUAUCGUUGCCGAAUAAAAGUGUGAGAAAUUCAUCAUCAUCAUCAUCAUCAUCGUCGUCGUCGUCGGCAUCGUCUUCGUUGUCAAGAUGUCUUUACAACAAGAAAAUUUAUUACGAAGGUGAAUCCAUUGAACGUUGGACGAAUAAAAAUCAACCAAAUCGUGCUAAAUGUUUUGAAUGCAUAUGUCGAUCACGUUCAAUGAGAUGUAAAGAAAAACAUUGUCCAGAAUUGAAUUGUUCACCAUCAAAACGAAUACAACCGGAUGAUAAAUGUUGUAUGAUUUGUGAAACGGAUUUCUGUUCACUUGGCCAUGAUUGUCAUCCAAUGGCUGAAUGCCAUAAUUUAGCCACCAAUUAUACAUGCCAUUGUAAAUCCGGAUUCAAAGGAAAUGGACACACCUGUCAGGAUAUUGAUGAAUGUAAUAUUCCUAAUGAUCAUGAUGAUGAUGGAACUACACUCGAUAUGAUGAUAGUAAAACAAUCGAAUAAUAAUAAUAAUAAUAUCUAUCGACAUAAAUGUAACACUGCUACAUCGAUAUGUGUCAAUAAACCUGGUUCAUAUGAAUGUCGUUGUAAAUCCGGUUUCAUACCACAGCCAGGCAAUCAAUAUGAAUGUAUCGACAUUGACGAAUGUUCUAAUGGUCAACAUAAUAAUUGCAGUCAAAAUGCCAUUUGUUUGAAUCAACCUGGCACUUAUCAAUGCCAAUGUAAACCAGGUUAUGAAGGUGAUGGAUUCAAUUGUAAACCUGUAUGUAAAGAUUCAUGUCUGAAUGGUGGUCAUUGUCAAGCACCAAACACGUGUUCAUGUCGAAAAGGUUAUUAUGGUCAUCGAUGUGAAGAGGAUAUUGAUGAAUGUGAAUUGGGUAUCCAUCAAUGUCCAUUGAAUUCAAAAUGUAUCAACAAGUUUGGCUGGUAUCGAUGUGAAUGUAAUCAAGGUUUUGAAGAUCGUAAAGAAUUAUUAUCACAUGAUGAUGAAUUCAAUUUUGAAUGUUUAGAUGUAGACGAAUGUAUCGAUCCAUUGUUGAAUAGUUGUCCAAGUAAUUCUAAAUGUAUCAACAUACAAGGAACAUAUCGUUGUGAUUGUAAUAAUUUAAAUAACAAUAUUGUUGAUGAUGAUGAUGGUGGUGGCAAUCAUACCUCUCAUUCCACUAUGAAUGUAUCAUUUGAUGAUUCAUUUUGUCCAAAAACAUGUAUCAUCAACGGAAUGGAACGUAAAAAUGGUGAACAAUGGCCAGCUAGUUUAAAAGAUCCGUGUACCAUAUGUCAAUGUGUCAAAGGAGUUGUCAGUUGUGAACCAAAAAAAUGUGAUUGUUCCCAAAAGAAUUCAAUAGAUUCACAAUGCUGUCCAGAAUGUCAUUCAUAUAGUAGUAAAAAAGUUUGUUACCAUCAAGAAAAUCAUCAUCUUGUUUAUAAAAAUGGUGAACGUUGGACAUAUGAAUGUGAAACCUGUGAAUGCAUGAAUGGCGAAAUCGAUUGUUGGAAUGAAUGUCCACAAAUCAAUUGCUUAAAUGCUAUACGAAUCCCUGGUGAUUGUUGUUUACGUUGUGAAGAUGAUCCCUGUCAAUCUGAAUCAUCAUCGUCAUCAUCAUCUUCAUUGAAAUCUGAUUCAUUAAUUUACAAUAAUUUUACCGGUCUAGCUGGUUGUCGCCAUCAAAAUCAUCAAUAUCGAUCUGGUCAACAAAUUGAUUUGAUCAAAGAUAAAUGUGCCACUUGUUUAUGUCAGGAUAUUUUCAUAUAGAAAAUCCUUUAAUUAAUAUCAUUAUUCUUUGAUGACUAAUCCUCCAACGAAAAAAAAAAUCAUCUAGAUCUUAAUAACAUACAUUUCAUUCAAUG